CGAUGGCAGCUGCGUUAUACUGUGUGCAUGUAUAUCGUGUGAGGAAGCAUCUUUUUCACUUUGACAAGCUAUUUUCGAUAAAACAGAGCAAAUAAGAAGAAGAAGAAGAAAAAGAAGAGAGAGAAAGUAGUGAUGGAUGAACCAUUGUUGGAUCAAGAACAACAGCACAACCCCACUUUCUCUUCUUCUCUACUUGUCAAUCUUUAUGUAGGCCAUUUUUUAGCCAGAUGGGGUGCCAGGAUGUGGGAAUUCUCAGUUGGUUUGUACAUGAUCAACGUGUGGCCAGACUCUUUACUUCUUGCAGCAGCUUACGGUGUUGUCGAAUCUUCCUCCACUGCAUUGUUUGGUCCUUUAAUUGGUCACUGGGUCGAUAAUUUAUCGUACAUUCAGGUCCUCCGAAUUUGGCUAUUGAGCCAAAAUCUCUCGUUUAUGGUCGCUGGUGGUGCAGUAGUUGCAAUACUUGCCUAUCCAAACUCGAUAUCUGCAAAUUACACCUCAUUUAUCUCUCUCGUCUUAUUAAUUAAUAUUUCCGGAGCUGUCGGUGUGCUUUCCACUCUUGGCGGGACCAUAUUAAUCGAACGAGAAUGGGUGGUGGUGAUAUCAGAAGGGCAGCCACCGGAAGUCCAGACAAAGAUGAACUCGACAAUAAGAAGAAUCGAUCUAACCUGCAAAUUGUUUGCUCCAGUAGUUUCCGGAUUCAUUAUCAGCUUCGUUUCUCUAACUGCAUCGGCUGUCACUUUAGCACUGUGGAAUGUUCUAUCUGUUUUCUUACAGUAUUGGCUUUUAAUGUCCGUAUACAAAGGGAUUCCGAUAUUAAGACAAUUCAGCCAAAGAAGAGUAUCAAAAUCUUCGGUUAUGGAAGUCGACGAAAGCACUUCUACUCAUCAAGAACAAGACGAAAGCAGCUCAUCGAAAGGGACUACAAUAAUCGAGCGGUUUCUGAAUCUGCCUUAUAUCAGUGCAUGGAUAUUGUAUUUUAAGCAAGAUGUCGUUCUCCCGGGACUAUCGCUUGCUCUGCUGUAUUUUACUGUACUUAGCUUUGGUACGUUAAUGACAGCCGCUUUGGAAUGGCAAGGCAUACCUGCUUACGUUAUAGGAAUUGCACGCGGAAUAAGCGCUACCGUCGGAAUAGCUGCUACUUUUUUGUACCCUGUUUUACAAUCUCGUAUGUCAACGCUUCGAACUGGUCUUUGGUCCAUUUGGUCUCAGUGGACGUGUCUACUGUUAUGUGUGGCUUCGGUAUUAGUGAAGGGUAAAAUGGUCUCGGCAUACAUGCUAAUGGGUGGAGUGGCGUUAUCGCGCCUCGGAUUAUGGAUGUUUGAUUUGUCUGUUAUUCAACAAAUGCAGGAUCACGUUGCGGAAUCCGAUCGUUGUGUUGUCGGUGGUGCUCAAAGCUCGCUUCAAUCAACACUGGACUUGAUGACUUAUAUCAUGGGAAUAAUUAUCUCCAAUCCACAGGAAUUUUGGAAAUUGACAAUGUUGUCCUUCGUGCUAGUGACGAUUGCAGCCGUAUUGUACAGUGUGCAUAUAUAUCGUGUGCGUAAGCAUUUGUUUCACUUCGACAAGAUUCUUGCACUGGUUCAAUGGUCUGUAACAACAUCUUCUUAAGGCCUGUAGUAAAUAUCUGUUCAUAUUUGAAUUUGGAAACUAGAAUAUCUAAUUGUUGUUUCCAGUGAAUAAACAUGCUCCAUUUGUAAUUUUUUUUUUGUUUGUUCAAUUCACCGGAAAAUGAUUUUAAUAUCCAUCAUGGAAUAAAGUCGAAUUGCUCCGUAUUUUUAUUUA